AUGGAAAUCUCCAUUGUGGAGAUUCCCUCGCCAGACUUGGUGAAUACCGGGACCAGGACCAGUUUAGAUACGGCGAUUGACGAUCUGCAUUCUCCUGGAACCGAAGAGGCAGAGUCGAAAAAUUCUAAGGACAAAGAUGAUGAUCGUGAACAGCAUGCGUCUCCUAAAAACAGGGAGGUAGGUAACGGAACAGAAGAGAAUUCACAGCCAGGAAAUGACACCGCAUCACAGGAUUCAGUAAACUUGGCGUCGCCAUCUUGUUCAACAUCAGAGGAAAGUGUCUGCCGCAUUUGCCAAGGAUCGAACAAAGACACGGAUGAACCGAUACAGACCACGCGCUGUGCUUGUAAGGGGGCAACAGCCCGUAUCCACCGGUCGUGUCUUCGGGAAUGGGUUCGACACCAGCGGAGCGUGCGCUGCGAAAUCUGUCGGGGACGGUUUGAGGGUAUUAGCCCCCCUGGAUCACUGGAACGAUCCCUUGACCGCCAUCUGGAGCAGAAUUACAUGCCAGCCGAGGAUAUCACGGAGACGCUCCACCAGUUAUACCAUCACCUACAUCGUCUCCGGCCGUUUACCAGGCGGAGACGUGCAGCCAUAGCGGCAACCAUUGUCUUCCUUGCCCUCGUCACGUGUAUGUCCGCCAUUAUGACCGUGGAGGCUGACCGAGAAUACCGCCGUAUAUCUUCAAAUCCCUGGUCAACUCGUCACGCUGUUGACCAGUCUGGAGUUAUAUUUUGUAUCUGCGUGGCCUCGGCGUUCUUUUGUGCCACACUGACCAUCGGUUUGCUCGUGAUCUGGGGCGGCGUGGAAGGCACAUACUACGUGCAGCGCCGCGCUCUCUACCGCCGAGUCGAACGGAGCGUAUUAGAGAGCAUGCGCAGACAUGAUAAUGUAAUAAACAUAGUAUAA